AUGUUGAGCAAGAAAGUAUCUCCUGGGUUUGAGCUGGAAAUAGUGAAAUUGUUUGAAGGCAUCAACUUUCACUUGCAUCUUCACACCCCUUCUGCAUGUUCUAUUUUUAGGACAUCAACUGGCAUCAGGACGUUGGUGUUAUUAGUAUUCUGGAUAUCGCUUGCAUUCUGUCACCUUCAACCAAUUCCUCAGCCAGAUGAUGUAGACAGUGGCCGCUACGAUGAGUUGAGACAUAACGACCAAACAUUGUGUACCAGGGAGUGUAGAGCAGGAGACAAACCAAGGAUAUGCUACUACAAGUGGCAUCUGGAGUCAUACAACGUCUUGGGAGGGGCAUGUGGACAUUGUCCAACCGUGAAGGCGGAUUGUUUCAAGCCACAAUGUGUGACUGCAGAUGGUCAGGAACGGUCCAUUCUCACUGUCAAUAGAAAACUGCCUGGACCAUCUAUCCAGGUGUGCCAACAAGAUGUGGUGAUAGUGGAUGUUAUCAACCAGAUGCCAGGUAGCAGCACCACCAUCCACUGGCACGGACUGCGGCAGAGAGACACCCCGUGGAUGGACGGAGUGCCGAUGGUCACACAGUGUCCUAUACUGGAGGGUCAGACAUUCCGGUACCGCUUUGUUGCGGAGGAGUCUGGCACUUACCUAUGGCACUCUCAUUCAGGGCUCCAGAAGGUGGAUGGAGUGAUUGGUGGUUUGAUCAUACGUGAACCAGACUCUUCCAAUCUGCUGCGCCACUUGUAUGACCGAGACCUCCCGUCACAUGUGGUGGUGGUACAGGACUGGAUGCACUCCCCAGCUGGCGACAGACUACCAGGAAUGUUGAGAAUGGAGAGAGGACAGAUCCCAGACUCCUACCUCAUUAAUGGCCGUGGAGUGCAGACUAAGUCCUUGAGAGAGUUCUUUAGUCCGUUCAGCACCCCUUGGUCAGAGUUUGGGGUUUUGCAAGGUCUCCGUUUCCGCUUCCGUUUCAUCGGAGCCUCGUGUCUCUCUUGUCCAUUCAGAGUGAGCAUUCAGAGUCAUCAGUUACUCGUCAUCACCACUGAUGACAACCCGAUACAACCUGUCCUCGUUGACUCCCUAGUCAUAUCAUCAGGAGAGAGAUACGACGUAGUGAUAGAUGCGUCCCAGCCUAUAGAUCCAUACUGGAUCCUGGUGGAAGGGCUGGGAGAGUGUAGCCGAGCUAGACAAGUAGGAGUGUUGCUCUACCACGGCUCAGCUACUAGUCAGCCUGCCUUGCCUCCAUGGUCCGUACUGCUCGGGUUCGGACUGGACCCUGGAUAUACAUUGAACCCUCGCAACACGCUGUGUACGGAUCCGUCACUUUUUCGGGGAGUUUGUGUCAGUCAGCUGCGUAAUUUGGUGCCCAAUCCACCUCGUGUCAGUGGGCGACCAGACUUCCGCAUCUUCAUGCCUUUUGGAUUCCAUGUUUUUAACAAACACGAACUUUACAAGAACAACAAGUUUAACAGGUUUUUUAUUCCGUCCACCUUCGCCCACGUAAUUGCAACAAUGAACAACGUAAGCAAUGUUCUGCCAUCUUCUCCUCUCCUCACACAGUUUCAAGAUAUUCCCCCCUCCCAAUUCUGCCACCAGUCUAACUGUAAUCCACUGCACGUUUGUCAGUGUACCAACCUUAUAAAAGUACCGUUGGGAUCCAUAGUCGAGUUUAUACUUCUGGAUACAAACCCUCCUACCCCAGUAGGACUUUCUCAUCCAUUCCACAUCCACGGACAUGACUUCUACAUUCUGGAGCAAGGCAAGCUGGUAGUUCCUGUAGUGGAGUUUCUCCUGGACCUGGACCUGAGGCUUUCUAAGUCUGGUCGCCGCAUCAGCAACUUCCUGCCCGCCAAGGAUACAGUUACAGUCCCGGAGACUGGAUACGCUAUUGUCAGAAUAGUGGCGGACAAUCCAGGAAUGUGGCUCUUCCAUUGUCACUUCGCCUAUCACCUGGAGACGGGAAUGGCUGCUAUCAUCCAAGUGGGAGAACUCUCCGACUUCCCACCAACUCCGACUGGAUUUCCCAAGUGUCAGGAGUUUGUGCCUCCCAUCUUAGACUUUUGAUAGUAAAAUUGUUUUUCUGAAACCCCUUUUUCAAGAAAAUCUCACUUACAUUUCAAUAAUGCUCUGUGGAGUUUUUUGAGGAUAAUGUUAAAUUAUGUUCAACGUUAGUCAUUUCAUUUCCUACAAGUAUUACUGCUGGAAAAUCUAUUGCUUCAGCAAAACAAAAUAUAAUGAACAAAAAUAUCAAUAGAGAUGUAUUAAAAAAA